AUGUUUGCAUACGUCGAUGAACAGACAAUAUAUGCAUAUCACUGCUCUACUAAUGGUGUGUUUCUAUGCCUUUCUCUUCCAAAGGAGAUGGUUCGAUCGGCUUGCGAGCCAGCUCGAGCCGGAUCGUUCCGGUUUACCAUGCGGGUCCUUUCCUGUCUGCCCUGCUGGGAAGACAAGAGCAAUGAUAGACAGCGUUGUAUGUGGAAACUACUGACAAGAAUCGAUAAUGGGCAGAGUACAAGCAAUAAGAGACAUAAAAAAGACAAAAAGGUUGCAACGAGAUGUCACAUGACGAUCUAUGAGACGAACUGUGGAAUGGAUGAAGACCGACGUGGAUAA